CCAUUAUUCUCAACGCUUUGCCUUCUGUUUUACUGUUCCCUUCCCUUUAUCCCAAUUGCCGUUAUAUUUUCCCUCAACUUUCAAUCGCAGAAAGCUCGGGGAAAAUAAAUAUUUAUAAUCUAUACAUUUAUACAUACAAAGAGGAGCAAAAGAUGAGGCCACCGAGGAGGCCGAUCCACGCGGUUUCGACAUGGGUCCGGCGGCAGCCGCCGAAGGUGAAGGCGUUUCUGGCGGUUGUCAGCGGCAUGGCGGCGCUGGUGCUUCUCCGCGCUAUUGUUCACGAUCAUGACAAUCUUUUUGUAGCUGCCGAGGCUGUUCACUCCAUCGGAAUUUCGGUUCUUAUUUAUAAGCUUAUGAAGGAGAAAACAUGCGCUGGGCUUUCACUUAAGUCCCAGGAGUUAACAGCAUUGUUUUUGGCCGUUAGAUUGUAUUGCAGUUUUGUCAUGGAAUAUGAUAUACACACGUUGCUUGACUUGGCUACUUUGGCUACAACUUUGUGGGUGAUGUAUAUGAUUCGUUUUAAACUGAGAUCCAGUUACAUGGAGGACAAAGAUAAUUUUGCUUUGUAUUAUGUGGUGGUACCUUGUGCUGUUUUAGCUUUGCUAAUUCAUCCGUCUACAUCACAUAACAUCAUCAACAGAAUUGCCUGGGCUUUCUGUGUUUACCUGGAAGCUGUUUCCGUGCUACCUCAAUUACGCACCAUGCAAAACACAAAGAUUGUUGAACCGUUUACUGCUCAUUAUGUAUUCGCUUUGGGUGUCGCAAGGUUCUUGAGCUGUGCUCAUUGGGUUCUCCAGGUUUUGGACAGUCGUGGUCAUCUGCUUGUGGCAUUGGGUUAUGGUCUGUGGCCUUCAAUGGUUCUUAUAUCAGAAAUUGUUCAAACCUUCAUCCUGGCAGAUUUUUGUUACUACUAUGUAAAAAGUGUUUUUGGUGGACAGCUUGUGUUACGCCUUCCUUCCGGAGUGGUGUAACUAAUGGUCGUUCGGUUUCCAUUUCUAAGUUAUUUUUUUUGCAAACCGCACAGCUUAACCUGGUCACCGUGGUCUUCAUCAUAAAAAUUUGGCGAAAAGAUGGCAAAUUCAAGAAACUUGGGUAUUUAAGUCAGCCAGUUGAUUUGCUAGAAAUUAGAUUGGCUUGGUUGUAAGAGUACGAAUAGUGGACUUUAAUUUUGAUAUUCUAUUGACUCAUGUAAGGACUUAAACUUCGAAUGAAUGUUCAUCAGACUUCGUUUUACCUCAAGACUUUCCGUGUGGUAAUACGAUAUUUGCUCUUUUUCUCUGGA